AUGACAUUACUACCCACUCGCCCACUUGGAAGAAAUGGUCCGCAGGUCACUGCCCUCGGCCUUGGUCUCAUGGGAUUGAGUGCCUUCUACGGAAAGGUGGACUCGGAUGAGGAGCGCUUUAAAUUUCUCGACCGCGCUCAUGAGCUUGGCGAGAGAUUCUGGGAUACUUCUGACUUUUAUGGAGAUAACGAGGAGCUUAUUGGAAAAUGGUUUAAGAAGACUGGAAAAAGAAAGGAUAUCUUUAUCGCCAGCAAAUUUGCGGCAACGACGGAUACAAGAGGGGAAAGUGAGGGCGCGAGGUACGGCGUGAGGGGCGACAAAGAAUAUGUGCAUGAGGCAUAUCAAAAUUCAAGCGCCAAGCUAGGAGUAGACUAUAUCGACCUUUACUAUAUUCAUAGAAUAGACAGAAAUGUUCCCAUCGAAGAAACAAUGGAAGCCCUGGCCGAGCUCGUAAAAGCUGGCAAGAUUGGACACAUUGGUAUCUCAGAAUGUAGCGCUGCAACUCUUCGCCGUGCACACGCUGUCCAUCCUAUUGCUGCCUUACAAGUCGAAUAUUCCCCCUUCACCCUCGAAAUUGAGGGUCCUCCCAUCAACCUCCUAAGCACCGCCCGCGAGCUUGGUAUCACAACAGUUGCGUACAGCCCGCUUGGUCGUGGAAUGUUGACAGGAGCUUACAAGAGUCCCGACGAUUUCGAAGAAGGUGACCUCAGAAAGUAUCUGCCGAGAUACUCUAAGGAGAACUUCCCAAAGAACUUGGAGUUGGUGGAAAAGUUCAGACAGAUAGCCGACAGAAAGAAGUGCACUCCCGGACAAUUGGCAUUGGCAUGGUUGAUGGCCCAAGGGGAAGAUAUUAUUCCGAUUCCGGGAACUAAAAAAACCAAAUACCUGGAAGAGAAUGUUGGCGCAUUGAAUGUUGAGUUGACUACGGAGGAAGUUAAGGAAAUUCGUGAAGCCACCGAAGCUGCCGAGCCAGCUGGCGAGCGAGUUCCAGCCGGGUUUGCCCACGGUUUAUACGGAGAUACCCCGGAGAGGAGGUAG